GAGAUGUUUUAUUUUAUUGCAACGUGAAGGGAGUGGGGUCUGAUGGUGUUGGGUAUUGGAUAUGGACAUAUUGUUCAUGACUUUGUAAAUAUUAACUGAGGGAAAAAGAAGCCAGAAAGCAACUUGAAAGCUUUGUCAUCUAUGCCGAACCUCCUUUGCUUUCCCCUUUCUCUCUCUCUUAAUCCUCUUUUUCUGAUCUCCCUGCAGAGUUUCUCUCUCCAUAACAACUCCCUUCGUCUCAUUUAUGUUCUUUUGCCAUAAUAUAGUAAUAAGAAGCACAGGCAAAGGCAGGCUGUCAUGGUCAUGGAUGGAUCUCUCUCCCCAAAAUUGGACUCCGAAGUUUCAGAAAUCAAACCAGAAACUCAGACAUCCAAGAAAAGGAAGGUGGUUCAGAAGACUGUAGUCACAGUGAGAACUGGAACCCAUGUUGGGAAACUAAAGAAUGAAGGGCCACCUUCUGAUUUCUGGUCUUGGAGGAAGUAUGGGCAAAAACCUAUCAAAGGAUCUCCAUAUCCCAGGGGCUAUUACAAGUGCAGCACAUCAAAGGGUUGCUCAGCCAAAAAACAGGUAGAGAGAUGCAGUACAGAUGCUUCAAUCCUGAUCAUCACAUACACUUCCAGCCAUAAUCAUCCAGGCCCUGACAUAUCCACCACAGCCAGCUUGACCAAACAACCAAAAGAGACUCAAAAUUCACCAACUACUGAAGAUCACCCCACAUCCCCUAAAGAAGAACAGCUGCAAGAGCAAGAACUAGAGGAUGAGAGGCAAGAGCAGCCCCUUAUGACAACCAGUGAUGGAGAUACAAGUGAAGAUCAUUUUCAUUACCUACAGUCACCAAUAAGUAGUUCUCAAGAUCUAAUAUUGGUUAACCAAGAACCCUUUUUAGAAACCCUGGACAAAACCAGUGACACAGAUCUGGGUUUCCUCUUGGACAGAGAAGCCGUCUCCCGUCCUCAUCUCGUGACAUUUCCAACAGCACCUAGAUCAGAAGAAAAUGACUUCUUUGAUGAGCUUGAGGAACUGGAUACAUUUCAACUUUUAACUAGCUUCUGAUCAAAGUGUUUUUAGUGCUUUCUUUCUUUGCAUCCUAGAAAAAUGGUACUUUUAGUGUUCAUAUGUGAUAAUUUAUAUAGACCCACUACUCGUAGUUCCACGUGGCAUCUUAUAGUACUUUUAACUUUCUUUCUUCAAUAAUAAAAAGUUUCACUA